AGUGUAGGCUGAGACUUAUCAGUGCUAGUUGGUGAUAUCAUAACCCUUGGCAGAUUGAUUUAAAUUCUAGUAAAUCUCAAGAGCUUCAAAAAAUGUCUCGCUUCCUAUCGACCUAUUCCUCUCACUACCUCACCCCACCAUGUGAUGAACAGGAAACUCCCGAAGUAAAUUUUCCUGGAGACAACUGCAAAAAGUGUUCCCGACCAUGUCAAUGUCCACCGACUUGUACCGCGCCAACCCCCAGUCAACCCUCAUCCAGAAGAUCCUCCUGCUCCAGCACUUCAUCCCGAGUCAAAUCAAUUCAACAAAUCGAUUUCACUGCCGUCCCCAUGGUGAGAAACUGUCGCUGCCUUUGUCAGUGUUGCGUUUCCAAGAAACCCGAACCAGUCGUUUCCUGCCCUCCGCCAAAAUGCUCUCCAACAGCAGUUUGUGUAGACCCAUGCUGUCGCCUGCACAAAGUCCGCAUUGCACAAACGAUCGCCCAAGAUCCGAAUUGCUACGAACCAAAGUGCCACUGCAAGCCACGUAUUUGUCCACCUCCGCCGCCCCUGGAUUGCGACUGCUGCAAGGCCCGCAAUGAUGAUCCGGUGAUGCGUCAUGCGAAGUCGUCGCAGGCGUCCAUGGAGUCCUUUGGCUCCAAGUGCCCAAGAACCCGAUGCAGCGGCGGUAAUGAUUUGGAAUCUUGUUCACGAACUCCCAGUAGGCUGCGCUUCGAUAUGCGAGCCCAUAGCAACAAGGACUCCGCGUAGAACGGUUGACACGGUUGGAAGAAAAUCCUGAAGAAAAUGUAUUCCAAAAAAUUGAACAAAAAUGAUAUGUGCAAUUCGACUUAUAUGCGGUCCUUUACCGGGUAUGAUCCGUGCUACAAGGGGCCUGUGAGCGUGACGAAACCGCAAGUUCCCGAACAUCGUCGCCGCUACCAUCAGCAAAUGGAAACGACCAUGUCCACGACGCACGCCGUUUUUGUCAACAGAACUUGUCCUCGUACUGCACCGGAUGAGUGUCCCUCUACCAGCUACGGUGAAAGUAUCUGUAAGCUGGGUCAGGCCAUCACCCAAAGCUACGAAAUGGCAGCGCCCUGCUGUGAUCCGUGCAGCUUCUGCUAAAUUGCUUUUGUUCGAAAUACACUGAAUUUUCGUGGAAACAA